AUGGCUCCUCGCGCGGGCUCACCGGCGCUGUCCGAAACCGAGUUCGACAUCUUCGACGCUCUUGCUGGCGGCGACGAAGCGGCAGCACACAAGGAACCAAAUACGGGUCAUCUGGGCAUAGAUCUUGCUCUUGGGAGUGAUGAUGGGUCAGAUGACGAGGCCUUUAUCGCCGCAAAGCAGGCUGCGUCGAACCGGAAAGCAUCGAAUCUGGGAAAAUCUAUCAAAAAAGGCGGUGGGUUCCAAGCAAUGGGUCUAAACGCCCUGCUGCUCAAGGCGAUUGCGCAGAAAGGCUUCAAAAUACCGACACCGAUUCAACGCAAAGCUGUGCCACUCAUGCUUCAAGGCGACGAUGUGGUGGGAAUGGCAAGAACCGGCUCGGGAAAGACGGCUGCUUUUGUCAUCCCCAUGAUUCAGAAGCUCAAGGCACACUCAGCCAAAGUCGGUGCUCGAGGCAUCAUCAUGUCGCCGUCGCGUGAACUCGCGCUGCAGACACUGAAGGUCGUCAAGGAACUGGGACGCGGGACAGACUUGCGAACCAUCUUGCUUGUCGGUGGAGACAGUCUAGAAGAACAAUUCAGCUCCAUGACCACGAACCCCGACAUCAUUAUUGCGACGCCUGGCCGAUUUCUCCAUCUCAAAGUGGAAAUGGGCCUCGACUUAUCCUCGGUCAAAUACAUUGUUUUUGACGAAGCCGAUCGGUUGUUCGAAAUGGGAUUUGCAGCACAAUUGUCGGAAAUCUUACAUGCUUUACCUACGAACAGACAAACUCUCCUGUUCAGUGCGACGCUGCCAAAGUCACUUGUUGAAUUUGCUAGAGCUGGUCUCCAGGAGCCGAAACUCAUUCGGUUGGACGCCGAAAGUAAAAUCUCUCCCGACCUCAAGAGUGCCUAUUUCACCAUAAAAUCUGGCGAUCGCGACGGAGCUCUGCUCCACCUCCUCGACAAUGUUAUCAAAGUACCGGUGGGAGAGACCGAAGCUGCCAAAAAGGCCAGGGUCGACAGCGAGAAAGCUACUACGAACAAGAAGCGGAAGCGGAGUGAUGGAUUUGUCAAGGACGCGCCAAUUGCCGAGUCGACCAUCAUCUUCGCUGCUACCAAGCACAGGGUUGAAUAUCUCGCCAAUUUACUCCGAGCUACCGGUUAUGCCGUGUCUUACGUUUACGGCAACCUUGACCAGACAGCUCGCAAAGAACAGAUUCAAGACUUUCGCACCGGGUUAACUCGUAUCCUCGUCGUCACCGAUGUUGCUGCUCGUGGUGUGGACAUGCCUCACAUUAAUCACGUCAUCAACUACGAUUUCCCCUCACAACCCAAGAUCUUUGUCCAUCGGGUGGGGCGGACAGCAAGGGCUGGCCGGAAGGGCUGGGCCUACAGUCUGUGUAGACAUGUCGAUCUGCCAUAUCUCAUUGAUCUCCAACUAUUCCUUGGUAAGCGAUUGGUUAUCGGUCGAUCAAUUGCCGAACCAAACUAUGCUGAAGAUUUCGUGGUCGGAACCUUGGCGCCAUAUCAACUAGAAUCAUCCGUCGAGAUUGUCAACAAACAACUCACCGACGACGAGGAUCUAGCCCUUUUGCUCAGUGUCGCGGAAAAGGGCGAGCGGCAAUAUCAGCGGACGCGCAAUCAAGCAAGCGCGCAGAGUGUGCAGCGCGCGAAGGAGCUAGUGGCCUCCCCGAACUUCGCCGAGACGCAUAUGCUGUUCAGCGACGAUAUGCAUAAUGCGUUACGGGAAAAAGACAAGAUGCUAGAGAGGAUCCAGUCUUUCCGGCCCGCAGAGACCGUAUUUGAAAUCGGUAAAAGAGGGACCGGCAGCGAGACAGCCGAAAUCAUGCGCAAGAGAAGAGAGCAGGUGGAGAAGCAGAAGAGCAAACAAGCGAUGAACAAAGCAGCAGAUGAACUGCUUGGGCAAGAGGCUGAGCCUACGAGUGUAUUGAAAGAUGACGAAAUCGAGUCAGAGGAUGAGCCAGAAGCUGCGACUGGCGAGUAUGACUCUGACUCGGAUGAUUUGGAGAUAUCUGUGUCGCAACCCAGGUCGAAGAAGUCCACGCAGGAGAGCUGGCGUGAGAACGACUUCUUCAUGUCCUACACACCGAAAGAGAAUUUCGCCGAGGAGAAGGCCUAUGGGGUGAGUGGGGGAGAUGCUGGUAACUCUAAUUUUGUGUCUGCAGCCCGGGCGGCGGAAAUGUCCCUGGUCAAUGAUGAGAUCCAAGGUUUUGCGGAUGCUGCCAAGUCAAAGAUGCGCUGGGACAAGAAAUCGAAAAAAUACGUGAAUCGAACAAACGACGAAGAUGGAUCCAAGGGGGCAAAGAUGAUUCGUGGAGAGAGUGGGAUGAAGAUUGCAGCCAGCUUUCGUAGCGGACGAUUCGACGACUGGCGCAAAGCGAACAAGGUGAAGAUGCCGCGGGUAGGCGAGAUGGAGGCUCCUGGCCGGCCGUCAGGCUCGUUCAACAACGCACCCCGCUACAAGCACAAGACAGAAAAGGCACCCAAGCAAGCCGAUCGGUACCGCGACGACUACCAUGUGCAAAAGCAGCGCGUGGCAGAGGCAAAGGAGAAGCGGAUCGGAGCGUUCCAACAUGGCGGCGCCAAAAGCGAACUCCUAGAUGCCAGUGCAGUACACAAACAACGCAAGGUUCAAGAGAGGAAGCGCGAGAAGAACGCUCGGCCGUCCAAGAAGCGGAAGUUUUGA